AAAAUUUCUUCUUGCCUUCAGUCCUAGUCGGAAUCCCGUCCAGAUAGCAUACGCUGUUCGUUGUUAUUUUUUUUCUUGAAUUUCCCAAGAUAAAAAAAGAACACGUUCACGCGCUGCGGGAUUCUGCGUCAGCAGCAUCGGUCAGCUAAACUUUGGAUUCAUUUGUGUGUUGUCGUUUCAUUUUUUUUUUUUUUGGUUUGCAUGUGAUCGAUUAAGUAAACGUGCAAAGGAGCAUCACCCAAUUGUUGAAGAGACUUGCCAGUUGUGGAGAAAGAUCAACAGAGCUUGACGUCGUGCGAAACAAGUCCAUACAACGUUUUCUCGUUUGGUGAUUCUUUACUUUUUUCUUCAGGCAUGUCCAGGCAGCAGUUGAGCAGCAUGCCUUCGUUGACGUCAAGUCACGAUCAAGCAGACGCUAUUUCAGCAGCCGACCUUUCAUUACAGGGCCAACAGCCAAUGUCUUCUGUUGUCGAGAUGACUCCACGCCGAAAACAGGCUUACGGCGACGUCAUCAGUGAAAUGAAUAACAAAACGACUUUUGAAUCAAGACGAAUUCAUCACGAGGAUCCACUUAUUCACACGAUUGUUCCAUCAGGCGACUCGAAACGUGUUGUAUUACUUUCAUCGAAAUCCAGAGGGUCUGAUUGGGAUUUGACGAUGGUCAAAGACGAACAGGAUAGUAACAAUGGAAUAGAGAGUGAAGACAGCGGCUUUCAAUUGGACGUCGAUUCUUCUAGCAUCAAGAUAAUGGCCAACAUGACGGCCGCUGCCAACGAUGUUGCUGAUAUUGCUGCACCGGUCGACAUGACCGUCACGACCAAAAAGAGUGGAACGACUGUGAUUAAUAUCACGCCGCCAAGUAAGAUGGAACAUAGAUUGCUGGAACAUUUGCACAGCACUCCAUUGCCGUCAAUCGUCAGUGCUGAGGUCACCAAAGAUUGCGCUGAUUUGGGCAAAAAAAGGACGGGAAGUGUUUUGGAAAUUAGCGAAUCAAAGCCAGUUGCUGUCGAGAUUCGUCAACCACAGAAGGAAUUAAUUAAAGGUCCCGACCAACUUUUCCCGGCCGAUUCGAACACGGCGACGACGGCGACGGGCGCUGUCAAGCUCAAGAUUGAUGAACGAGGUAUGGGUUCGAUCCCACCGCUCUCGGUGCCGACCUUACUGCAACGUACCGUAGCCAGACAUAUGGAUCAUCUCGCGCUUUGCGUCAAACGUGAUGGAAAGUGGAUCAAGUGGACGUAUAAGCAGUACCUGCAUGAUGUGACCGUCUGUGCCAAGGCUUUCAUCCGCUUGGGGCUGGAGCGUUUCCAUUCUGUUUGCAUCUUGGGUUUUAAUUCACCCGAGUGGAUCAUAGCCGAUUUGGCCGCCAUUCAUGCUGGCGGUUUCGCCGCCGGCAUCUACACCACCAAUUCGGCCGAGGCGUGUCUACACUGCGCUCUGAAUGGGCAGGCCGACAUCAUCGUGGUCGAGGACCGAAAACAACUUGAGAAAAUCCUUUCGAUCAAGGACCAGAUUCCGACGUUGAAGGCGAUUGUCCAGUACACCGGAAAACCGCACGUCGAAGGAGUCAUCACCUGGUCUCAAUUGAUGCAUUUGGGCAACGCCACGCCUGACAACGUCUACGAGGAUCGUUUAAAAAGGAUGGCCGUCAAUCAAUGCUGUACACUAAUCUACACGUCUGGUACGACGGGACCACCGAAAGGCGUUAUGCUGAACCACGAUAACCUGACUUGGACUUCCCACGCCCUGGCCACUUAUAUGAACAUUCGCGACGGCAAGGAUACGUUCCUCAGUUACCUGCCGCUCAGUCAUGUUGCAGCGCAGAUUACCGACAUCUACGUUCCGUUAUCCAUGGGCGGGACGGUCUACUUUGCCCAACCCGAUGUUUUGAAGGGCAGUUUGGCGGAGACGUUGCGUGAAGUGAGGCCCACGUGUUUUUUCGGUGUGCCUCGCGUUUGGGAGAAAAUCUACGAGAAAAUGCAAGCGGUUGGCAAACAGACGACGGGCAUGAAAAGAACGAUUGCCACUUGGGCGAAACGAGUCGGGUUGUCCUAUAAUCGGCGCCGAAUGGAAGGGAGGUCUUCGAAACCGUUUGGAUAUUCCCUGGCGAAUGCUCUAGUCUUCAAAAAAGUGCGUGAAGGACUGGGUUUGGAUAGAACACGACUGGUUCUGUCGGGCGCCGCGCCUCUCUCGAACGAAGUGGCCGAAUAUUUUAUGAGUCUGGAUAUUCCUAUCAUGGAGGUCUACGGAAUGAGCGAGUCUACAGGACCGCACUCCAUCAACAACGUCACGAAGGGCUUCCAUCUCAACUGUGCCGGUAAAUCCGUGCCCGGUUGUACCACCAAGAUUGCUAACCCGGACAAGGACGGCAAUGGAGAGAUUUUGAUGGUUGGGCGGCACGUCUUCAUGGGAUACUUGAAUGACCCUGGCAACACGUCGUCUGUUAUGGACGAUGAUGGCCUUCUCAGCACCGGGGACGUUGGUCACACGGACAAGUUUGGCUUCAUCUACAUUACAGGACGAAUUAAAGAAAUUCUCAUUACGGCCGGAGGCGAAAACGUGGCUCCGGUUCUCGUUGAAGACAAUAUUAAAGCGGAAUUACCUAUCGUCAGUCAGGCCAUGGUGGUUGGCGAUCGACGCAAAUUCCUCUCCGUUCUCCUUACUCUCAGGACGGAAGUGGAUUCAGACACGCAAGAGCCGCUGCCCAUUUUGACCCGGCCGGCUCGGGAUCAGUGUGAAGAGUAUGGCCUCUCGCUGGCCGAAACGGUGACGGACGUCAUCUGUGCGGCAGAACGAGGCAUGGCUGUUCCAGCGGGUGCCGUGACUGGGCAAGAUGCUGAAGCUGUCAAAUUUGUUAAAGCGAUCGACGCUGCCAUCGAACGGGCAAACCGCAAGGCCAUUUCGGCGGCUCAACGUGUCCAAAAAUGGACCAUAUUGCCCGUCGAUUUCUCCAUUCCUGGAGGAGAACUUGGUCCAACUAUGAAAGUAAAGAGGAGUUAUGUUGCCAAAAAAUAUGCUGACGUCAUCGAACGUUUUUACUGAAUUUUUAAACGAUCUGCCAUUUUGGGGAUAUCGAAUUAACGAAAGAUCUGGAGCCUUUAUAAAAUCUUGUUUUUGUUGUUUUCCUUUAGGGGACCUGCGUCAUUCACCUAUAAAGGCGUGGGGAGGAAAUUUGGGUGCUGUAUCACAUGUUGGGGGUUUAUAUUUGUUUUCUCUUUUUGUUCCAAGGUUUCUAGUCCGCCAAAGACGUCAGAGGUUGCUCAAUAGUGUCGUCUUGAAUGUUGCAAUGAUGUCGAUACUGCUGCUGCUACUACCUAAAAAAAUUACAUGCAAUUCGUCUAGUUACUACGUGUUCCUCUCGACAGUUUAUCCAUGACCAAGCUUUGUUUCCCCAUCUCCAAAUCCAUAACGUUGCAAGAAAUCCCUAUUGAGAAACUGUUAUACAUUUAUCCGUUUUUGAAUACAAUGUUGCACAUGCAGA